AUGGAAAAGUUGGAUACAGAGCUUCAAUUGUUAUUCACUGAACAUAGGAAUCUGAAGGAACAAAUCGCAGCUACUUUAUUGGAGAAACAGAAUGAUCUGAAUAGUUUCGAACUGUCUUCGAACAACAUUCUUCAACUUGUUACUAGAAUCAGUGAAGCCCGUAAGAAAGUCGAAAAGCAGUUACAAGGGGCACAAGAAAACUUGCAGGAGACUCAUUCCCAGCUUAUCAAAAGCCAGGAACAUGUGGCCAAGCUGUUGCAACAAGUAGAUUUCGCCACAAAAUCUAAUCUCGAAAGAUUGGAUAUUCAAAAAGAAGAAUUAGAAAUUGAAACUGAAACUGUGAGUCACAUGAGGAUCAAUUUGAAAAAAAUGGAAGAAGAAGCAGCUGAAAGAACCAAGAAUCUGGAAACAAUGACAGCUGAGCUUCGAUGGUUGAAAAAACAAAAACUUGAUUUUGAAAUGAAUGAAAGAAGUAAUCGAAUUCUCCUAAAAUCUCUGGAAACGGAAAGAAAAUCGUUGAUUGAGACCUUGUCUCUGCUUCUUGGUUAUGAGAUGGCUGUUGAUGAAGCAGAAAUUAAAAAAAAGAUAAGACAACUUCAAAAAGAACUGGAAAACAAUAAAACCGUGCAAAUCAAGCUGGAAAGAGAUUACCAGAUGAUUGAAGAACAACUUCUUGAUCAGGCUAAGCAACAAAGAAAUGCCUUAUACAGAGCAAGAACUGCCGAAGAAGAGCAUUGCAUUCUUGAAGAGAAAGUCGAAUCUCUCCUUCACGAAAUCAAAGCAUCCGAAUUAGAGAUAAAAGAAAAGGAAGGAAAAAUCGAGCAAUUCCAAGCGAUGUUUAGAAAGAUUAAUAGCACAAUCGGAUUACAAACCGAAAAUGGCCCUAAAGAGCUGAUAGAUCGUAUUGAAGAUCUUGCAAUCUAUGAGAGUCUACUUCAGAAAACAAGACCUAACCCGACAACUCUUCACAAACUUGCUUCAACAACAAAACCAAAUGUGCAUUCCGUGGCUCAUGCAUUUUGUUCAAAAUCUCCUUGGGAGAGAUGGGAUCAGCGGCUUUUCACUGCAGUCACUUUGGAAUCAAUCAAAGCUGCUGAUAACGAGAAACUUCUUUUGCGAAAAAGAUUAAAUGAGAGGGAAAAGAAAAUUCGCGAGCUGGAGAAAGAACGUAAGGAGGUCAAAUCGCAGAAAACCUCCCGUAACAAUGAAGAACGAGUUCAUGCAAAACCAAGAACAGACGAUAAUAAAUUGAAAGAUACAAAUGUAGAAGCUUUGAAAAAUCACUAA